AUGGAAGGCCUCUACUUCAAUGUCAAUGGCGGUUACCUUGAAGGCAUUGUUCGUGGUUAUCGCAACGUACUUCUCACAGGCUCACAGUACGGCAAUCUUACACAAUGCGAGAACAUAGACGAUAUCAAAAUGCAGCUGGGCCCUUCGUAUGGCGAUGCGCUGGCGUCGCUGCCACCAAAUCCCUCCACAUCUGCCUUAGCAGACAAAACAACAGAGAAGCUUGUACAGGAUUUCAGAUACUUGCAAGGACAAGCGACAGGCUCUCUCGCUAAGUUCAUGGAGUACCUCACAUACUCAUAUAUGAUCGACAAUGUUGCGCUGCUUAUUACAGGCACACUGCAUGAAAGAGACACCAAGGAACUGCUCGAGAGGUGUCACCCCCUCGGCUGGUUCGAGACCAUGCCUGUUCUCUGCGUCGCCACUAAUAUCGAAGAGCUGUACAAUUCGGUACUCAUAGAAACACCACUGGCUCCAUACUUCAAAGGUCAUCUAUCACAUCACGAUCUGGACGAGCUCAAUAUAGAGAUCGUCAGGAAUACUCUAUACAAGAACUACCUUGAGGAUUUCCACCACUUCGUCAACAAUGAUUCAGAGAUGGCCAUGACUCCCACAGGCGAGAUUAUGUCGGAAAUCCUGGAAUUUGAGGCCGACAGACGUGCUAUCAACAUUACAUUAAACUCGUUCGGCACAGAAUUGUCGAAGGACCAACGCAGGAAGCUCUAUCCAGAUUUUGGCAAAUUGUACCCGGAAGGAAUGUUGAUGCUGUCACGAGCAGACGACAUUGAAGGUGUGAGCUUAGCAGUUAGCGGUGUUGGUGACUACAAACGCUUCUUUGAUGAAGUUGGCUUGAACCAGAGCAGUAGUGGUGUUGGUAACAUGGCGGGUGGAUCUGGCGCCGAAAGUAAAAGCUUGGAGGACCUAUUCUACCAGAAAGAGAUGGAACUGUCCAAGCUGGUAUUCACUCAGCAAUUCACGCAUGCUGUCAUCUAUGCUUGGGUGAAGCUGCGAGAGCAGGAAAUCCGGAAUAUCACUUGGAUCGCUGAAUGCAUAGCCCAAGGUCAGAAAGACCGGAUAGGUAACUACAUCAGCGUUUUCUAG